AUCCAACUCUCUUAACAUUCCUCGGGUUCCCGAAUUUUCUCUCGUCGAAGAUAUUCAUCCAUGCUGUUUCGCGCCAAUCUUCCUGCGUUUCAAGCAGAGGACACAUCUUCGUUGUAUCUUCUCAGAAAUGGUGCUUGUGGAGCCGCAGUUAGAAGAUGAAGUCUGUAAGGUGAAUGGGCUUAUUUAUGGUGCCAUGCAUUAAUCGCACAGGAAAAAAGGAAAGGGUUAGAACUAGAAAGGAUGGGAGCCAAAGAGAUCUUAUCCUCCACGAAGUCGAAAUGACAGAUGGCCGCUGAGGGAAGCACAGGUAGAUGAAUGGGUAAAGCAUAUAAUAAUCAAAAGGCUUGUCAGAGACAGCGGAGGGCAACUUGACGGGUAGCUUUGCCCAAUUAUUUAUUUAUUAUUUUAAAAACUAUAUCAUUAUUAUUAUUCAUAUUAUUUCAUAAUUGACAGAGACAGACAACCUUCUCUCACUUUGCAAGCCCUGCUUCUUGGGUUCUUCUCUUCACAGGGAUGAUUCCCCUUUGGAGCACGUGGAAUUUAGGUUUUUUUUAUUGUUAUUAUUGUUUACUUUUUCUUAUUAUUGCCAUUUAGUUUUGCUUUUGCUGACUCUAGUUAUAUUUUAAUAGAUUCGACUUUUAUAUAUCAAGGACGAUUGACUUACUAGAUGGAGUUAGUAAGUUUGAGAUCAAUUUAUUAAACUUAGUAUGAAGGGUAGACUUGUAAGAUUAAGUUACAGUUUAUUACAAAAAUUAUAGAUAAAGGAGAACAUUGAAUUCCUUGUUAUAGGUGAAUAGUAUAAAAAAGUAAGAAGAUGAAGUUGAGCUUAAUGGUAUUUGCUACUAGUACUAAAAAAAAUGGUAUUUGUUGUUGAUCUUGAACCGUUUAAUCAUAACUUAGAAAGUUGGUGUGUCAAACGGCUCCAAAGUUUAUUGUUCUUUUGCUUCUUUUUUUCUUUAUCUAUACAAUUUCAAAUGCAUGAGUAAAGUUUUAAUUUUUGUAUCACACAAGUCACUUAUGAGAUAUUCAACACUUCAUGAAUCAGUACAUAUAUACAUAAAAUUAAAAUUUGUGCCUAAAAUUGUUCAUCACUUUUUUUAAAAUAACAAAAUAAACAAGGGUCAAGGGCAUAUAGACAGAAAUUGUUAGUAUUUGAAGAGUCAUUUGUGUAAAAUUGAAAGAAGUUUUUAAAAAAGUUUUAAAAUCUAUUUGAUACAAAAGCUUUUAAAAGGAAUGGACUAAACUUGUAAUUUAAAGUUUCUAAAACUAAGGUUGAGAAAGGAAGCUGAAAAUUGAUCUCCUCGUAAUGGUGCAAGUGGCUGUCAUUGUAGCAUAGCAACUCCAAGUAAACAACCCUCAAAUUCGAUCCUCAACCUUAUCGAAUUUGAAAGAAUAUUAAUUUUUGCUCAUCACCAUCUGUGUCAGAUAUCCAUCCUCUAUGAAAAUUUUGUUUAAUUUUCAAAAAGCUCACUUCUUUUUGUGGAUUAUUGUAUAUCUUGUUAUCUCGAGUUAAAGUCCUGUGUUGAAGAAGCCUUUAGCCAAUGGAUUUGACUGUUAAAAGUAAGGCAUUUGUAGGUUUUGCUCUCUGUUUAUAGCGGAUAAAGUGGACUGCAGUGGAAGAAAGCAGAAAACAGUUCAACUAUUGGAGGAAAAAAGCCAGGUUAGGAGAGAGAAAACUCCCAUAAUAGAGAGAGAAACAAAAAUUGGGUUCAUGGGUUCUUCAAGGAGCAAGCCAUUUUUAUGAGUAGGCUAUAGAAAUAGAAACCCCCUUGAAAUCAAAUCAAUCUGAGAAUUUCAUCUUCAAGUAGUGAAAGAGUUCUUGUCUUUGGUUUCUGGUUCAGACGGCUCCAAUUAUUCUUUUAUUAGAAAGUCAGAUUCUGAUGGGUUUUGUAAAUUGGGGAAUCUCUCUUCUGAAGGUGUAGUCUUUUGGUUUCUUUAGCUCUGUUUUGCUUGUGGGAACUUUGAGCCUUGUGGAAUGGAUCUCAGCCACAUGAAGGGAUCGAUCCCGACACCGACACCGACACCGACGCCGACUUUAAUUUCUGCUAGAAAAGCCACGGAUAUGGGUUCUGAUCAGUUUCCGGCGGGUCUUCGGGUUCUGGUUGUAGACGACGAUCCUACCUGUCUCAGGAUCUUGGAAAAGAUGCUUCAGAAUUGCUGCUAUGCUGUGACGAAAUGCAACCGAGCGGAGAUUGCUCUAUCCAUGCUUCGUGAGAACAAAAAUGGUUUUGAUAUUGUCUUAAGUGAUGUGCAUAUGCCUGACAUGGAUGGAUUCAAGCUUCUAGAGCAAGUUGGGCUGGAGAUGGAUUUGCCUGUCAUCAUGAUGUCAGCUGAUGAUGGGAAGAAUGUUGUGAUGAAAGGAGUGAUUCAUGGUGCUUGUGAUUACCUUAUCAAACCUGUUCGGAUUGAAGCACUCAGGAACAUAUGGCAACAUGUAGUUCGGAAGAGAAAGACUGAAUGGAAGGAUUUAGAGCAAUCCGGUAGCGUGGACGAGGGAGAUCGAGAGCAAAAUCUGUCUGAAGGUGCAAAUUAUUCAUCUUCGGCAUAUGAAGGAAGUUGGAACAGCUCGAAGAGGAGGAGGGAUGCAGAAGAAGAGCCCGAGGAGAGGGACGAUACAUCAACUUUAAAGAAGCCGAGGGUGGUAUGGUCAGUUGAGCUCCAUCAACAGUUUGUUGCCGCAGUUAAUCAGCUAGGCAUUGACAAAGCUGUCCCUAAGAAGAUAUUGGAGUUGAUGAAUGUUCCAGGGCUUACUAGAGAAAAUGUUGCCAGUCAUCUUCAGAAAUAUCGCUUAUAUCUUAGAAGGCUUAGUGGAGUAUCUCCACAUCAAAGUAAUUUGAACAAUUCUUUUAUCAACCCCCAAGACCCACCUUUUGGAUCAAUGGGUUCAUUCAAUGGGAUCGAUCUUCAGACGCUUUCGGUCACUGGCCAACUCUCGCCACAAAGUCUUGCUGCCCUCCAAGCAACAGGACUUCGUAGGCCUACCGCGAAAUCUAGCAUAUCCAUGGCCCUUGUUGAUCAGAACAAUAUAUUCAGCUUUGAAAAUCCAAAAUUGAGGUUUGUUGAGGACCAAACACAACACCUAAAUAAUAGUAAACCAGUAAACUUGUUUCAUGAGAUUCCAACAAAAAUUGAGCCAAAGCAGCUUGGAAAUAUUCAGCACUCCUCUGUGCAGCCUCAGGGGAACAUAAACAUGCAACUCAAUAUCAAGAGCGAACAUAGUGGAACUCAACUAAUGCAUUUGUCUCAACAACAAACUCUAGGCCACUCUCCUGCUAGCCACUUACCCAGAAUUCCAUCAACACUAAGGAAACCGAUCAUAUCAGGUAGUGUUACAAGGGGAAAUGGGACUACUGAUAAUAGCCACAGGCCUGGAUACAACCUAGUUUCACCAACAUCGGUGAUGGUGAACUAUCCAAUGAGCCAAACCACAGAAUUGUCUAACAAUUAUUCUCUUCAGAGCAAUUCAUCUGUAUCUACCUUGAACUGUAAAGGGGUGUUUCAAGAAGAGAUUAGUUCAGAUCUAAAAGUUUCGGGCGGACUAAUGUCAAGUUAUGAUGUUUUUAGUGACUUGCCCCUGCAGAAAUCCCAUGACUGGGAUUCUCAAAAUGUUAACACCUUGGCCUUUGGUACUUUUCACCAUGGGAACUUCAUGCAGGAUAGCUUUGAUAUCUCACCCUCCACUUUAAUUCAUCAUGGUUUUCCUUCAAGCCAAAUGAAUGGACAAAAUCAAAAUUCAUCAGUCGUUGGAAAGACUAUGUUUUCCUUUUCGGAUUUGACUCAACCCGAGAAUCCUCAAAAUAUUGCCCAAAACUCGCUUCUCGAUCCUGUGGAGGUCAAAUCUCAGAAAAUCCCCGAUGCAAACUAUCAAACUGACCUCUUAUCCGAUGACUUUGGCCAGGAUGAACUUCUUGGUGUCUUUCUCAAACAACAGCAACAAGGAGACGAUGGAUCGGUCGACUUUAGCGGGUACCAAACAGAGAAUAUUUGUGUUUAGAUGAUUUCUUGCUUUAGUUCCUCAUUUGGCUGCAGCUUCAGAUACACUUUGUUGUAACUUUAUAGAUCAAAGUCCUCCCACAUUAGAUGACAAAGGUAGUUCAUCAUUCUUGUCAACAAUUCCAUCGUGAAUAGUAUGCUUAGCUAGUUGAACCUUGGAAAUGUCAGAUUUCUAUGCAAGCCUGAAGCAAUCUUCCUCAGAAUGCUUACACGAAAGAUGCAAGGUGCAAAUCUUACUCGGACUUCGGUUGACAUCUAAUGCCCGAAGCGAUUUAUUUUAGGACGAGUGUGAAACUGUUUGUUUGUAACGGGCACAUCGCUCGAUUGUCGUCGAUGCAAGGCUCAGCUCAGCUCCAUUGCAUCUGGAACCAUUUAGGAGAUUUCUCAUCUCUCUAAUUACACUUUAAGAAUGGUUUUAUUUAAACCCCCAUGAAAAAUCAUCAACUUCGAUGUAAAUAUUCUUGUUUGAUUGAGACAAAUGUGUGCAUAAUUUCUUGAGUUUGUUAAAAAAGAAAUUCUUCUUCUUGGCA